AUGGACAGCGAGUCGAACGGCAGUUUCAUAGGGAAAAUUAUUGGAUUAUUUCAACGUCUUAUCUAUGACAUCGUCACUAGUCCAAUCAAUUUGAUUCUCGUGAUAUUGAUCGUCUUUUUACUCGUGAAAUUAUUACGAUUAAGACGUAAACCAAAUGAUUACCCAAGUUCAGUGAAAAUGCCACCACAGCUACCUAAAAUGCCUAAACAAGAUUUAACAGUUGAACAAUUACGUGGAUACAAUGGCGUAGAUUCCAACGGACGCAUUCUAACAGCUAUUUACGGAGAUAUUUUUGAUGUCAGUCGCCGUAGCGAUCUGUACGGACCAGGCGGAUCGUAUUCGUUAUUUGCUGGACGUGAUGCGACUCGUGCAUUAUCAAAGAUGCAAUUAACUCAAUCAUUGUUCUCCGAUGAAUAUGAUGAUCUUGCUGAUCUAACCGAUAAUGAACGGUCUACCGCUCGAAACUGGCAUGAAGAUUUUCGAGAGAAAUACGACAUUGUCGGUCGUCUACUCAAAGCAGGUGAAAAACCAAGCGUUUAUCUUUCGGAGGAAUCUGCCGUUGAUGGUAAUGCCAACAGCGGCAAUAAGAAAGCGGAUUAG